AGGAAAUAAGACCAGUCUCAGCUGCAGCGGCACGAUUAACGCAAGGAGGGAAUCCCUGUGUCUUGUCUCUCCUCUUCUCUUUUCAUCACAGUUCCACCACUUCAGUGCGGUUUUCGAUGCUCCAUGUAACGCCUAUACACGCAUGUGUGUACAGCAUGAUACGGCUGUAUCGCAACAAGGCGUGACCUGAGACCGCUACAACCCAUGCUAGACAGCCUAUCGGGGUUUGCCCAGAAGAAAUUCAUCUGAAAUUCAUCAAGCAAAUCUAAAAAAUGAUCAUUAGUGAGAUCCCGACCUCACCCUGUUUUUUUGAAUUGGAGACUACCAUCGAGCAAUUUGAUAUGGUUUUAAGUGGAAUGAUUUUGCGAUCGAUAUCUACCUUUGCUAGUGGCACCGGUGUCAAGGAGAAGCCCAUGGAAAAGGAAACGGCUGACUUGAGAUGGAAAGAAGAGCUGUCCCACCUACAGAGAUCCUGUGUGUCAACAGGAAGUGGCUCUGCAGAUCACAACCUCCCCAAUGCCACUGGCAAGGAGACUGAAGAUCCUGACAUGCUGGAUUAUGACUUUAUCCUGUCCAACAACAUGCAGCAACAGAAGCAGGAAGCCCUGUCCAGCAUCUCCCAGAAUAUACCUCCCUCCCCAAGUUCCUACUCAUAUCAACUCCACUCUCCACAGGGUACUGCCAGUGACAUCCUAUAUACCAUCCCAGACAUCAAUGAUGUAUCCCCUACAGGUGGUUUUGUGGCAGAGCUCAUGAGGCCAGACUUGGACCCUGCAUACCUGCUGCCUUCAAGUCUACAUGGGAGGUUUGUCGUAAAGACCACCAUGGACAUGGCAGACUACAGCCAUAACAUAAACGCCAGCAAAAGCAGCAUUACUGUGCAGCCCACCGUGCCAUUCACUUGCCAUUGGACCAAACAGGAAACCCAGAGCAUUUGCACUGUCACCCAAUCAAUGGACAUUUACCCUGGGGUUAAAUCAAGUCCUGUGACUGACCAAAGACCCCUCCUUGACCUUCCAAAUUUCCGCUCAGGGCAUUCCAUGGGAGCCAAUCGGCCAUCUGUCAAGGAUGUCCUGAAAAGUGAUACCCACUCCACCUCUCGGGGUUUAAGUCACCCAUCACUCCCUGUCCCGUCUGACUACCAUGCCCCAGUUAGCUACGCUCCAUUACAACAGCCUUUGUCCCUACAGUGUCAAGGAGGCUGCGUGUCAGAGGAGCCCAAACCCAAACGAGGGCACCGCUCCUGGCCUAGGAAGAGGACUGCCACCCACACAUGUGACUACACAGGCUGUGGAAAAACUUACACCAAGAGUUCUCACCUCAAGGCACACCUCAGAACACACACAGGAGAGAAGCCUUAUCACUGUGACUGGGAUGGAUGUGGCUGGAAGUUUGCCCGUUCUGAUGAGCUCACACGUCACUACAGGAAACACACUGGUCAUCGUCCUUUUCAGUGUCAGAAAUGUGACCGAGCAUUCUCAAGGUCGGACCACCUUGCUCUGCAUAUGAAACGGCAUUUAUGAAAUUGGUGAGAGCUGAGGAGAGCUUGAUAUUUGUAAUCUCACAACCCACACUGCCUUUUAAAAUCAUUGUACUACAUGACAAGCUGUGACCUCCAUAGCAAAGACCUCUGACCAGGGCUUGAAGGGCAUCUGCAUGGCCUUCCAAAGAAGUAGAGAUUACCUAAGAUUUCUGAGAUGUGACUAGAUGUCAAAGUAUCUGUAUUAAAGGAAAUGUAUUAAAAUCAGGGAAAAAUGUUUUGACAGACAGUAAUGAAAACAUUAGAGGC